CUGCCACACUAGAUCUCUUCUCUGCUCUCUUCUCAUUCAAAAUCUGGACGACAAUGCAAGCUACCUGUAUCGCCCUGUUAUGUGCUGUCGUGGCGAUGAUCACGUGUGUCGAAGGGUUUAGCACGCGACCAAGCCUACACACCCACCGAGCGGCAACCACAGCGUCAAGAUCGUUGCAGGCGUCGCGAGCUGGCAGUCGCCGAAGCUCACAAACAAGAAUGUUCUUCGACUUCGGGAAGAAAACAGAGUCGAACGCUAGACCAAUGGCUGGGGGGACUGUCAAGGGGGGGAAGAAGACCAAGAUUACCCAGGAUGUCACACCCGCUCAGCGGCGGGCACAGGAGAAGGCGACGGCGAUAAGGGAGAGGAGUCGGAAGGCAUCAACAAGAAAGAGCGAAGGCGUCUUCACUCCACCACAGUUUGAGGCCUUCAAGAAGGCGCGGAAAGAAGUGCCCUCCGGCAAGGGGGACGCCUACUGGGAGAAAAUAGCGGCGAGGGUGCCGGGCCAGAACGCCGCGGCCUGCAAGCGCGUGGCGGAGUCGAUGCUGUUCGAGGCCGCGGUGGGCACCAAGAGCAACUACUUCGGCGGCUACAUCGAGACAAUAGAGACGCCGGACUACGUUGACCCCGAGGCGGACAUCAUGUUCAAGAUCAACAAGUUGUUCGGCCGCGGGAAGAAAUAGGAAUCCGCGUUUUUGAAGAACAAGGAAAUAGGAACCUGCCCAAAUAGACGUUUCGCUUCGGCAGCGCCAGGAGGUAGCAAGGCGCCAUCUAGGAGCUACGUUCGCCCCUAUCUAGGCCAGCAGUAUUGUUUUGUUUCUGCGUGUCUGGGAAUUUUUGCCAUCGCUCCUAACCGCGGGAAGACACGGAUACAGGUUAGUUCUUUAGAGGGAAGGAUGCUCCGCUGUUUUGGUACCCAUAUUAGUUGUUCAAGGACACUCACGGCCUGUUGGUUUAUUUCACGAGAAAAACGUUUGGUGGUUGAUGUAUAUUUGAAAGCCUGCGUGUGAAAAUAAAUGCCUCGGGGAUCAACAUCGGGGCCGUCCGUCGUGGGUUAAAGGGACAGCAACAUGUUCGUGUAAAGAAAGUAGAGUACCCUCACGCAGAGGAAACGAGGACGUGUGGACUGUAGCUGUCAGGUUUACGUUUUUGUCGUUCUAAUCACCUCCCUCGCUGUUGAGAUUUGCCUAGUC